AUGGCAGAGUGGAGCAAAAAUAAUAGACACACGACACACAGGGAUGACUGGGAAUGGGAUUUUGGUCUUGGUACUCAAGAUAUUUGGAAGUCUUUCAGGUCGACAAGCCCCAUCUCCUUUUCUGAGUUUGACUUGUUGGAGAAGUCCCUUUUUAAACCUCGGUCCUCGGCAUUAAGUGUGGGUUUACUUGGAUCAGGUCAUCACUCCAAAAUCAGCACCAGCUCCAUUGGCAGUCAGAGAAAGAUGAAACAAAGCGAAUUAAGUGGCAGUCAAAGAUGGCAGUCUGUCUCACGUCUAGCGCCAGAGGGUGCCUCUCAAGCUCAGUCUUCCCAAGAGCUUGAGCUGCAAGCUGCACUGAAGGAAAGUAGCAUACAAAGGACAGAGCUUGUCCAGAAGUUACGAGAGACCCACGGUCAUCUGGACGCACAAACAGACCUCCUGAAGACUAAGGAGUCUCAGCUUCAACAGUGCCAGAGCACCACCCAGCUGCUGGAGCUCAGACAUAAGCAGCUGAAAAAGACUCUAAAUGCUCUUGAGCAGCAGAAAAAGGCAGCUGACCUAAGCUGCGUUGAGGAGAGCAGUCACCUGGCAGAGCUGCAAGACAAAGUGCUGCAGUUGGAGAUGGACAUUUUAAAAACCAAGUCAAGCAUGGAGUCCAGGAGAACUGCUCAAGCAUCAGCUUCACUACCAGACAGACAGCUCAACAAUUCCAUGCCCAUGACAAAAGAUAACCUCAACAGAGAGAAAACUGCUGAGAAGGAAAUUAAAAAGCUGAAAGAAGCUCUCAGAGAGUCAACAGAAAAAGCAAAACUCUUAGAUGCUGAGAAGGACCAUGCACUGAAACAACUAAACACAUCUAAAGAGAGUCAGUGGAAGAUAUUGAACCAGAUGGAGGAACUAAAGCAGAGGCUUAGCAUGUCUAAGCAGGCCAAAAAUGAGUUGCAGGAUCAGCUCAGUGAAACUCACAGUCAAUUUGGCCAGCUGGAACUGGAAAAAGACCUGCUCUCUACCAAAGCAUUGCGACUGGAAGACAAUAUAGAGGAUUUAAAGGCCAAGUUAUCCUCAGCUUUAUCUGACAAAGAUAGACUUUUGCAGGAGAAGGCUGAGCUGCACCAGAAACUUAAAAGUCUGGAAUUGCAGCUGCAAAGAGCACAGCUGGGCAAAGAAGGUUUUACUCAGCAAGUCUGUGAGCUACACUCUGACCUAGCUCAGGCCAAAAGCUUGGCCAGCCAACAUCAACAGAGUGCCAUACUAAUGAAAGAAAAACUGCACUCAGUUAAACAGGUGAAUGAGAAUCUGUCAACAGAGCUGGCCACAGUCACAGAAAGGCUUCAGCUCACACUGCAGCAGCUACAUGAACUGGAAGCAGAGAAACUGAUCCAUACCAAUCAGAUCACUGCACUGGAGGCUGAGCGGUUGCAGCUGAUUAGUGAGAAGGAAGAACUGAAGGAUGUGUUUGACCCAGGAGAUCAAGAAGAGAUUAGGAAGCUAAAGGUGCAAUGCUGCCAACUCAGAAAAUUCCAAGAGAGUUUAGAAGUUGAGAAGAAGGAGCUGGAGGCACACUGUCAUGGUCUGGAAAAGAAAGUGCAGAAUGUGGAGGCAGAGUAUGGGCUUAAAGAGCAGGAACUUAAUCGUGUGAAAGACAAGAUGGAGCAGGAGAAAGAGGAGCUGAGGAAAGUGGCGGCUCACUGGAACGAACGAUGGCUGGACGUGGCCAUGACACUGCAGUCUACUCAGACACAGCUAGAGGAGGCCAAGAAACAUCAGCAAGACUCGAGUGCACUGAGGGAAGAGGCAGCUGGAAUGGCCAGUAAGGUGCAAGCACUUGAAACAGAUGUAAAGGACAGCCAGCAUCUGAUCCACAGCUUGCUUGAUGAAAAAAAACACCUUGAAACAGAGCUGGCCAGAAUAAAAGCUGGUACUUUGGAACAAUUGGAGCUCGAUGCCUGCAGGCAGCACUUGGACGUAGAGCAGAAUGAAAGCCAGACUUCGCAGCAGAGGAUGAUGGAAAACCCAGCAUCUUUGGAAGACGUUAAUGCGGAGCUAGUGCAGCUAAAGGCUGAAUUACAGAAUGUGUGGGACAUGCUAAAGAGCCGUGACACUGAGCUGGAGGUACAACAGCAGGAGCUACAAUCUGCUCUUGACCAGGUGACCCAGCAGAGCAGCGAGGUACAGAGACUGGAACAGCAACUGGCUAAGAAAAAUCAGGAACUAAAAGAAAGGGAUCUUGCUCUUAAGGAUUUGAUGAGACAGGGAGGCACAGUAAAAAAACAGACCCAAGAGAAGAUACCAGCUCUAAAAAAUGAGCUUAGUGGAAAUAAAGAUCUGGAUACUGAUGAGAAGCUGAAUUCCUUCAAAAAUAUGCAGCUGAAUGAGACUAAGAGGACAGCUGAAGAGCAGAGACAGGACACUGAGGAUCUACAGAACUCACUUAGUCGUAAACCUUCCCAAAAGAUUAAAGAGGAAAGGAAAUCUCCAACAUUAAACAGAAAGGAGAAAUCUGACCUCAUAGACCCUAAUCAACAGAGAAGGCUAAUCACUGAACAGCUGAAGACACUGUUUAAAGAGAGGGAGCAGACAGGACAGGUCUUGGACCAGAGCUCAAAGUCUCUUAAAAUUAACAAGCUGCAGGAGCAAGGAGAACAUGCUGUAGCUCAGGAGUCACAGGAACUUAACUGUAGCACUACCAAUUCCCACUGAAGUGUCUGCAUCAAAUCCAAGAUUCAGGAGUUCCAUUAAGGUGUAGUGAGAAGACUUCACCAGCUCAUCAACUGUUACCAAGUUAUAUUUACAAGAAAGAGAAUGCAACAGUGUUAACCAGAUAAUUGGAGAAAUGUGACUCAAGGCUGGAGGGGGAGAAGAAGGAUAAGGAGGAUGCCUUUACUCAGGCUUGUGAGGAAGACAUUAAUAGUGAUAGGUUUAAUUAGAAGUUAGAUGUAAUUAAUAGAUUUACCUUAACAAAAUGUUUCCAAUUGUGUUAUGUUACAGAUCUUUACAGGUUACAUGUAUCUUUAUUUGUACAAAAUAUAUGUUAAAUAAUCGGAUUUACCUUUGAAGUUUUAACAUUACAAUGACCAUAAAGAAUUCCAAAUCUACAAGCCUUAUACUCUACAAGUUUUACUGUUAAACACAAGGCUUAUGUAUGUUUAUGCUUGUUUUUUUAUUUUAUUUUCAUUUAACAGUGAGAGACAAUGUUAAUGCUUGUUUUUUUUAAUCUAAUUUUAUUUUCGUUUUAACAGUGAGAAGUAUAAUGUUUAUGCUUGUUUUUAUUUAAUUUUUAUCAGCCUCUUUAUCCUGGUCAGAAUCGCAGCAGGUCCAGUUCCACUGGGAAACACUACCCUGGACAGGCUGCCAUACAGUGCAUGUUUAAAAUCCAUUUAUUUCUUUACAAUGCAAAGCAGGAUUACACCUUUCAUACUUACUUUACACAUCAAAAAAUGAUCACAGCAUGCACAGGGUGCCAAACAUUUGCAUCCAACUACAAAUGCAUAACCGUCUGCUUGAAGAAUUUAAAUAAAGGACAAUUUUUAACCACG